AUGGACAACGAAAGCCUAAACCUCAUCAGUUCAGACUACGACGAGUACAACGACUACAACGACUACAACGAAGAGGUCUCUUACAUUCAGCCAAGUCUCAUUUAUAAUCCAGGAGGGCCUCCAGGGGCAUCGCCAUACGCUCACAGUGCACUGCUUUACCCGAUUAAUCAAUACCCAAAUCACUUCAUCCAUUCUGUCAGAGCGACACCAAUUGGUCCACAAUUGUCUGGCACAGAUCUUCAUCAGACUAACAUGCAAGACUCUGUCACAUCAAACACCCCUGCAACUCCCAUUCAGAACAGAUAUACUUCAUGGCGCCCUAAUGGGCUUCAUUCCUCUCCGCUUGUUGCAACAAGCAGUCUUCACGCACAGGCAUCCACCAAGAGACACUUUAUGACCCCAGAUGGUGGAUCGAAAUCUAAGAAACGCAAGUAUAGUUUCGACGGAGUCUUCUUACCUUCAAUGAAUGAGAACACGGAGACAACUGGUCUACACACACAGUUCUCUGAACCCAGCGCUUUCGGUUAUUCUGCUAGCAAGAAAACCAUUUCGGCUGAAGGAAGCACAACUAUUCUCGAAGGAAGCACAUCCAAUCAUGAAGGAAAAGCAAUUGAUGACGAAGGAAAGUCAGCUGAUGGCAAAGUGUAUGGUGCUAUUAAAAAUGAAUAUGCAGGUUCCUCUAAGGCAAGCGGAGCCACAAAUGAUCUCUCGACUACGUUUGAAGGCCCCGAUCAAGAUUCAAAUAUGAAUUUGAUUAUCCUUGAAACUAGAGAUCCCAGCCUCAGAGCAACCCCAGUCGACUACACCAUAACUAUCCCAAGUUAUAUUAAGAGCAAAGCUGGCAAGUACACAGCCGUGGCAUUUAAGAAGGCUUAUCCAACUUCGAGUGAGAAAUGGGCAAAUGACGAGCUUCUUGCGAAGUACGCUGAUUCUCUCCGAGUCAAGCCACUCUUGAGGAACGACAAGGGCAUUCCGGGGACGGACGAAGAGAAGCAGGCUCUGGCUAAAAAGAUUUACGAUGCAAUCGUUGACUUCAGGCAUUUCUACGGAGCUACAUCUGGCGCUGUAGAGCGACUCAUUAUGGGGGGGUUUCCUGCGUCGUAUAUCCAGAAGCGAUCCAUAGAUGUCGUGGACGAACUCGUGAAGUAUCACAACGAAGGCCUUAUAGUCCUUGAUUACGUGGAUCCAAACAUUAGCAACCACACCGGCAAACCUCUGAGGACAAAUGAGCGAAACGACACCUGUGAAGAACGAAUCAAGAACAUGCUCGAAUCGCUGCGCUUUUGCAAGUCGAUCGCUAUCGACGUGCUGCUCGGCCGAGAGUCUCUCGCGACCGCCUUGAUACUGGCCCCGAAGGGUCGGCUGGUUGCCAAGCUUACUUACAAAGAGAGCAAUGAUGGACGCAAGUAUCACAAGAAAGAGCUGGAGAGAGUUGCCAAGGAGGUAGGUGAGCAAUGGAAAGAAAACACAAGGGCAGAGGCAGAAGAGAAAGAAGACAUCCAAGAAGAAGAUUCAGAAGGUUAA